GUUUUAUUUCAUUUUCAUUUCGGGUUUCGGACUGUAAAGACCUAUAAAAACCAAAAAAAAAGCAAAAUUUUUCAUAAAAAUUUACAAAAUUUUCUAAGCUAAAUUUUUCCUCAAAAAGUAAUAGUCAUGGAGUACGGAAACGGUAUGCAAUAUGAAGGUUACGGCCAAGGCGGUGAAGGCUAUGAAAUGAACUAUGACCAGAUGGGCCGUGGCCAAGGAUAUAGCCAACAGCCGGAAGGCUACGGGCAGGAGUCGAGGAACUACCAAAGUGGAUCCGCAGCCCUUGGAGGUCCUGGAUAUCGCAGUCCUCUGCGAUACAACAAAAUUCUCCGUGAGAUGAACUCCCGCAACGGACUUUAUUCUCCAAUGGAACAGCAACGGGGAGGUGGCCAGGGCGAUUAUUAUAACACAUUACCCGGCCUUGGCGGCGCCGAAGGCCAAGCUUAUCAGUCGCGAAACAAUGGAAACUCCUACUUCUGAAAAUUUGUGGCCAUCCCAUGCAGUUUGUAGAAAAUAUUGCUUGCGUUUUGACGUGUUGCUUACUUAAAAAAAAUUGUAACAAAUAUUUA